AGCAUACAGUACAAACCAAUACUCACCGCCAUAUUGGUGUGACGCGCAUUUCUCUUGUGAUCUCCGCCAGUGACGAGAGCCCAGUAAUUUUGACGUGGCUACUACGUACGAGAUCGUUUACCCACUCCGAUUGCAGCAAACUUGGUGACGAGAAAUACGUAACUGGGCGCACGGUGCCUAGGCUAUGGACAGCAUGGUUGAAGAAAAUGGGAGCGUGAACUCCGGACAAGAUCCUUUGGCAUCUCCGGAGAGUAAUAACACCAUACCAAUUGUUUCUUCGGUACAGAGCUCAUCACAACAGCAGCAUCAUUUGGUCGCUGCCACAAACAUUGUGCAUCUCACACUUCCAAAUCAGACGCAAGCACAGGUACAAUCAGUCAUACAACCAAACCAACAAUCUGUAAUACAAACAGCAGCAAAUAUCCAGCCAAUGCUUUCAAAAGGAAAUGUGAUUCUUGUUAGUAGUAAACCAAAUUCCGUAAUUCACACAACUGCAGGCAGUUUGCAAACAAUUCAGGUCGUAGAAACAGGAAGUGACGAAAGUUAUUCAGAUGAAGAUUCACCAAAAAAACGAAGGGACCUACUAACACGAAGACCAUCAUAUAGAAAAAUACUCAACGAUCUUGGCGGGGGUGAGAUAGCUGAGGGCAAGGUCGAGUCUUCGUCUGAAUGUGACUCUAAUUUGGACAGUGAGGUUUCAUCUCACUCACUUCCAUCCCACUACCAGACAGUAAUACCUGCUGGAACAUUUCAAGUAGCAAGUCAAGGAGAAGGUGUUCAAGGAUUACAUACUAUAACAAUGACUAAUGCGACAGCUGGUGGUGCAAUAGUACAAUAUGGACAAGGCCAAGACGGGCAACAAUUCUUUGUUCCUGUUGUCCAAGGUGGUGCAUUAGCAGGUGGUUCUGUAAUGGAUGAAGAUCAAACACGAAAACGUGAAAUGAGGCUACUUAAAAAUAGAGAAGCAGCACGAGAAUGUAGACGAAAAAAGAAAGAAUAUAUUAAGUGUUUAGAAAAUCGCGUUGCCGUCCUUGAAACACAAAAUAAAGCAUUAAUUGACGAAUUAAAAUCAUUAAAAGAACUUUAUUGCCAACAGAAAACAGACUGAGGUCCACUGAAGCUCAGAAUAUUGCUUUAUUCAAUUUGUUGAUUCCACAUAUUUACGAGGGCCAUUUUUUUCUAUUCAUUGAGAUAAUAUGAUAUGAAAAUGGACCAUAAAUAUUCAAUUGUUUGGGCGCGCGACGACGCAAAACACACAAAUGUACCUUAUUGUAGAACGCUAUUUUGAUCGAGCUGUUUUUAUUAAACCCAUUUGAAUAACAUAAAAAAACACAUACAGCUUAUUCAUAUAAAAUGCU